CCUGCUGGGUUGAGGGCGAGGGAGAAGUGCGCGGAGACCCGCUUCCUGGCUGGGGGAAGCGGCACCCUCGAUUCUUCUCUAGGGUUAGGAUGUGGAAACUGUGCCCGGCCGAUGAGGCCGGAGGAGGACAGCUGUAUCGGCUUCUAGUUGGAGUCGAGUAUGUUGUUGGACGAAAGAAUUGUGGAAUUUUAAUUCAAAAUGAUCAAUCAAUGAGCCGAAGUCACGCAAUUCUUUCAGUUAAUCAUUCCCAGGUGAAUCUUAGUCAAUCCUCAUCAUUUCCUGAAUUAACUUUGAAAGACACUUCAAAAUAUGGUACCUUUGUUAAUGGAGAAAGGCUCCCCAAUGGUAAUACCAUGACCUUAAGAUCUGGUGACAGAAUCACCUUUGGAGUCUUUGAAAGCAAGUACAGAGUAGAAUAUGAGCCACUGGUUGUGUGUUCUUCAUGCUUAGAUGUUUCGCAGAAAAGUGGUUUAAAUAAAAACAUUCUUCAGCUGGGUGGCCAUGUGGUAAAUGAGUGGAAAGAAGACUGUACCCAUCUUGCUAUGGUUUCGGUCAAAGUUACUGUGAAGACAAUAUGUGCACUGAUUUGUGGCCGACCAAUUUUGAAGCCAGGGUAUUUUGAUGAAUUAAUCAAAGCCAUUCAAGCAAAGCAACAGUUACCACUGCCUGAAAGAUUUUUUCCACAAGUUGAUGAACCAAGUAUUGAGAAUGAAAGAAUAGAUCUGACCAAGUGUCCUCGAAGAAGAACUAUCUUCAGAGGAAAAACUUUUAUUUUUCUUACGGCAAAGCAGCAUGCAAAAUUGAAUUCAGCGAUUAAGCUUGGAGGAGGAGAGGCAAAACUGUUGACUGUCAAAACAGAAGAGGCUGCUGCUUUGAUAGCAUCUAACACUUGUGUCAUUGAAGUAGGAUCUACAAACUCUCAACCAUCAGUUUCUGCCUGGGAUAAGAAAUGGGUUGAUGACAUCACAGCUGCCUUGCAGAGGAAGAACUACAGAGCAAUUUCAGAGGCAGAAAUUGGUUUAGCAGUUAUUUUUGCAUCUACAGAAAGAUACUGUAAUCCUCAAACUUCACCCAGUGGAGAUAUAAAAACUGCUACAGCAGCAUCCCAUGUCUCUGGACAAAGUCUUUCUCAGAGUGUGAUAGUGGAGGAAACAGCAAUGCCUUCUAACCAAGAUGACAUCAGUCCAUAUGUAGCGGAUGCAGAAAUGGACAAACUGAUGGACACAUUACUUAUGGAAUUAUCAGAAGAGAAAACAAAGAAAGAAACUCCUGUAAUCCAGUCACAGGAUAUAACUACCGUUAAGGAGACUCCAGCAGGAACAGGCAGUAUAAACAGAGGGAGAAUCUUGCCUGAGCUGAAGAAGACACUCCGAGCUGACUGCACCAGUCUGGCAUGCUCAGCUUCUGAAAUUUCGAGUCAUAGCAGGAACAGAGAGAGAGAUUCACAGCAACAACUGAAUUCAAUUAAAAAUUACUUCCAGACCACUGCUAAAAAGAGAGAAAGGAAUGAGGAAGUAGAAACACCAUCAUCGAAACAUGCAAAGAUGGAGAAGACGUCAUCCCAGGUUUCCCAUCAAACACCAUCUGUACCUUUUUUGCUAUGGGAAAACAGUAUGGAUUCUCCAAAAGGACAGUGUGCAUCAAAACGAGUAAAUGACUCAUACAUGGACUCAAGAAAAUCAUUCAUAAUGGAAAAUAACAAGUCAAAGCAAACAGAUAUGGAAAGUAUCCCUGUUGAAACGCCUGAAUCAAAAAAGAGAAAAGAAUUAGAGGACUCCGUUGAAGAUGAAGCGUCAUUAGAACUUGUAUUUGCAAGCCAGGAGCUGAGCCCAGAAGAGGAUAUAGGAGAUCAGGAUGAGGAAAAUGCUCAGAAUGCAAAGAAGAAAAUGAAACUGGACAAUAAAGGAGAAAUAUCAACAAAAAUAGAAGCCACUAGAUUUUUGGAAAAAAAUGAGGAACCCAUUCCAGCAGAAAACCAGAAGGAAGAUAUCAAAGAAGAACCGCCAGAACCUAAUCCAGAUAAAUGUAUGGAUGAUUCAAGUUAUCUACCCAGUAAGCUUUUGCUAAUGGAAUUUAGAUCAUUGGUUGUUACUCAGCCAAGGAAAAUUGGUUGUCCAGCAAAUUCAGAUUAUGGGCAUCUGAACAACUUUAAACAAUUUAAAAAGAUAGCUUAUCCUGGGGCAGGAAGACUUCCAAACAUUAUUGGAGGAUCAGAUCUGAUAGCUCACCAUGCUAGAAGGAAUUCUGACAUGGAAGACUGGUUGAGACAAGAAAUGGAGGAGCAGAGUCGCCAAACAAGAGAGGAAUCACUUGCAGAUGAUCUGUUCCGGUAUGAUCCGCGAAUAAAAAGAAGAUAACUGAUACCUUGAACUGCUUGCUAAUAAUAAACUGCAGUAUCAAAGAGUUACUUUAUAAUCAACCAUAUCUGCUGAAAACGUGACUUUUUAAAAAGAACGUUUCUGUUUAUAAGAAACAGAACUUGAGACUAGUUCCAGUUAGUGAUGGAUCCAAAAACUAGCCAAUUUUCUGGUAGGUUUUGAAAAGUUAACUCAAAGGAAAAUAUUAAAACUCUCAAUCAGAGCCAGAGAGGAAUAUAAGCUUCCUGCAUUUGCAUAAUCUUUCAAGCCUCCUCCAGCUUGGUUACCAUUUAUUGCAAUUCUCCCACCCACAUUUGUGUCUGCAUGACAGGUCCAAGGAAUUGUGGGAAACAUAGUCUUCCCAGCAUAGAAAGCCCAUUGAAUGGCACUGAGAACCUGGCAUUCAGCACACUUUUCUUUAAAUACACAAUUGCAGCAUGUGCUGAAAACUAGAAGACAAGGGAGCACACCUUCUCCUCCUGCCGUACUGCUGUUCUUGGAGUAGCUAGAAAAUGUAGUGAGAGAGGCAGGUGAGAGGCAGGUGACUCUGAAAGGAUUGCCAUGUGUCUGUAGCAGUGUUUCCCAACCUUGGCAGCUUGACGAUAUGUGGACUUUAAUUCCCAGGAUUCCCCAGCCAGCAGGGUUGAGAAACACUGGCCUAUAGGAUUGUGGGAGCAAGAUAUCACACUGAUGUCAGAGAUACAUCAAAACAAUCUUGGAACUGGGCUUGAAAGAGCCAAGUUCUUAUCAGUGUUCCAAAGUAGCAAAGUUUUGUUUUUGGUUUUUGCUGACCAGGAGUUUGUCCAUUGUUAGUUACAGAACCUAACAAGUUUUAUGCCUUUAGGAUUCCUUUUCAAGCCAAGCUUUAGGAACUUUACUAUGAAAGCCUUUGUUUUUAUAAAAAAAAAUGGAGACCUCACAUUUUUAAAAGGUAUUUUUUUAAAUUUAUGUAUUGCAACUAUUUCCAUUUAUGAAAGAUGGCUCUUUUAUUAAGUCACACUUGAUUAAGUCAAAGAUUGUCCUUGUAAUAUUUAGUUGCCUUAACCAGUUCUAAGAAAAAGAUCCCGAUUGGGGAAUUAGAAGAAGUAGGAUGUGUUCCAAAUUCCUUACUCUGGCAUGGCUGGCUAGGGAAUUCUGGGAGUUGAAAUCUACAUAUCUUAAAGUUGCCAAGGUUGAGAAACACUGACAUACACUAUGUGUAUGUUCUCCAAAUUCCUUACACUAUGGGCUUUCAGGGAGAUUCUCUGCAAUCAGCUCAAUUCUGUUACAAAAAAAGUGCUUUUCCUCCACUGUAUCAUAUCCAUGUUUUAAAUUUAGGAGUCUUCGCUGUCAAUUUGAAUGACUCCAACAUAGAAUUGCAGUGCUUAUUAUGCUGGAUAAAUGAACACUCUAUUGCUUUAACUGAGUUAUUUGCAACUGGAAAGUCAUACUGAGAAGCAGCCAUUUGUGUAAUCUAACCAAUAAAUGUUUUUUGUGAGG